GACUGUAACAACAGUGUUGUAUGGGACCCAUAUAGAACAUGUCAUCACCAUUUAUAUAUUAUAGCAUGAAAGUACUAUAUUUGUUCCAGGUAUCCAUAAUGAAUACCCUUAGUGUCAACCUUCACCUACUAAUGGUUUCAUUUUACACACCAACUCAAACAAGACACAAAAUUUUGAUUGAGAAACAAGCCUUCCCAUCUGAUUAUUACAUCGUGCAGUCUCAAAUAGAGCAACGUGGAUUCAAACCAGAAGACAGCAUAAUUCAACUGCAGCCAAGAGAAAAUGAAGAAAUUUUAAGAACAGCUGAUAUAUUAGAUGUUAUUGAAAAACAAGGUGACAGCAUUGCACUUGUACUUUUGCCUGGAAUUCAAUACUACACUGGCCAACUAUUUGAUAUGGAAGUUAUAACCAAAGCUGCUCAAGCAAAAGGCUGCAUGGUUGGUUAUGAUCUUGCCCAUGCUGUUGGCAAUGUAGAGUUGAAGUUACAUGACUGGGAAGUUGAUUUUGCUUGUUGGUGCAAUUACAAGUAUAUUAAUGGUGGUGAUGGGGCAAUUGGAGGUGCUUUCAUGCAUAGAAAACAUGAAAAAAACAACAGACCAAAGUUUCUCGGUUGGUGGAGCCACACAAUAUCAACUAGGUUUGACAUGACAAAUCAGUUGGAUUUAACUCCAGGAAUUAACGGCUACAGAAUAUCCUGUCUUUCUUCUCAUGGACUCAGUUCAAUAAAAGCUUCAAUGGAAAUUUUUGACAAAACAAAUAUGAAGAAAAUAAGGGAAAAAAGCAUCUUGUUAACUGGGUAUCUUGAACAGUUGCUUUUAUCCAACCAUAAAGUGCGCAAGUACAUUGUGAUCAUAACACCUAUGGAUCCUGAACAAAGAGGUAGCCAGUUGACACUGAAGCUCAAGUAUUCAGUUACGGAUGUAAAUAAAAAGUUAAUGGAGCGACAUGUUAUAUGUGAUGUCCGCAAACCAAAUGCAAUCAGGGUUGGACCAGUACCUCUAUACACAAGGUUCAUUGAUGUGUUUUGUUUUGUAAACAUUCUGCAAGAAGUCCUACAAGAUUUUACGGAGCCAGACCAAACUUUAAUUACACUUUGAACUAAUUACACACUUUGACCAUCCUUAAUUGAGUGUUGUAUAAACAGUUUUCUACAACCAACUUUAUAACUUUUCUGCUUAUAAGACUAAAGGUGGUAUGCAGAAUCAAGUAUACUUUCUGUAUACCCCCCUAAAAACAUGGAAUUUUUACUUGUAUGUAGUUUAUAAUUAAACGCAACUUACACUUCAAUGCAGUAUCUGCACUUUUGUUAAUAAAUUAGAUUCAUAUAAA